GGGAAGAGUAAGAGGAUUUCCUUUUCAAGAGCAUUAUUUCUCUUCAUCUUUCAGUCCCUUUCUAGGUCCUGGGGUUUGGAUUUAAGGUUUGGUGCCAUCCUGGUCUGCCAUGAUCACCUUCAAUGUGAGCAGUUACAACCCAGGGCCCUUUGUUUUGGUGGGGAUCCCAGGCCUGGAGCAGUUCCAUGUGUAGAUUGGCAUUCCCUUCUGUGUGAUCUAUACUGUAGCUGUCAGGGGAAACUGUGUCCUUCUCUACCUUGUCGCAGUGGAGCAGACCGUUCAUGAGCCCAUGUUCUUCUUUCUGCCCAUGCUGGCCGUGACUGACCUCAUCUUGUCCACAGCUACGGUGCCUAAAGCACUCAGUAUCCUUUGGCUGGGGCUGGAGAUCACAUUCCCAGGCUGCCUCACUCAGAUGUUCUUCCUCCACUAUAACCCUGUUCUGGAUUCAGCCAUUCUGAUGGCCAUGGCAUUUGACCGCUAUGUGGCCAUUGGCUCCCCUUUGCGAUAUGCCUCCAUCUUGACUCCCAAGACUAUUAUCAAGAUUGCUGCGGGCAUCUCCUUUCGAAGCUUCUGUAUCAUUUUUCCAGACAUAUUCUUAGUGGCACGCCUACCUUUUUGUAGGACACACAUCAUACCCCGUACAUAUUGUGAGCAUGUAGGUGUUGCCCGACUGGCCUGUGCUGACAUCUCCAUCAACAUCUGGUAUGGCUUUUGUGUUCCCAUCGUGACAGUCAUCUCAGAUGUGAUCCUCAUUACUAUCUCUUACACUCUCAUCCUGUGUGCUGUUUUUGGCCUUCCCUCCCGAGAUGCACGCCAGAAGACACUGGGCACCUGUGGUUCCCAUGUCUGUGCCAUCCUCAUGUUUUACACACCUUCUUUUUUCUCCAUCCUUGCUCAUUGCUUUGGACACAAUGUCCCCCUCACCUUCCAUAUCGUGUUUGCUAAUCUCUACAUUGUUGUACCCCCUGCAAUGAACCCCAUUGUUUAUGGAGUGAAAACCAAGCAGAUCAGAGAGAAAGUCAUACUUUUGUUUUCCCCCAAAAGCUGCUGA